AAGGGGAGCAUUCUUCAAUUUGUUCUUGAACCUAAAAGGUUCCAAAUUUGAGAAUAUAUAUAUAUAUAUAUAUAGCAAUCAAAUAUUUAAUCACUCUAGCAAACGUAAAUAGAUUGACGACUAAUGCGUUCUACCUGGUUUUAUUUAAUAUGGAUUUUCCUCAUCAUCUCUGACAGCGAAAGUUCCUCCAGCUUUGGCAAUCAAAGGCAACACCACGGUCACAAUGUAAGAUCAAAUAAAUAUAAGAAGUUGGAAAAGGAGUACGAGGCCAACAAUUUGGAAUUCGCUUUUCCCAGCGAAGCUGAAAGACAGGCUUCGUUGCGUGAUGGACGUUACAAUCCAGAUAGUCCCUUGCCGAUAGAUGUGGAUGUAUAUUAUCCGCCGAAUGGAAAAGAUACCGUCAUUUUCAUGACCAUACCCCGCUUUGGCAGAGGUGUGCCCUACUCGUUGGCAUACUUGACAGACGUGGAGCGACCAAAUGGCACUGAACUUCAACCAUAUCCAAGUUACGACUGGCACAAGUCGCAUGGCAGUGACUGCGACGGUCUCACGUCGGUUUAUCGCAUUCAGAUCGAUUCAUGCGGUAAAAUGUGGAUACUGGAUAGCGGUGAAAUCGAAUUCACGCAAUACUGUGCGCCGCAAUUGGUUGUGCUCGAUAUAGCCACGACAAGAGUGGUUCACCGUUAUCGUCUACCGCAAGGCAUGUUCAAACCCACAAUAAGCCGUUUUGUUACACCGUAUGUGGACAUUGCGGACCCAGCACCGUUUGGCUCUUGUCAACAAGCUUUCGUCUACAUGGCAGACCCCACUGGUACCGGCUUUGUAGUUUACGAUGCGGCGAAUGGUCGAUCGUGGCGUGUUGAAAAUAAAUACACCUUCCCCGAUCCUGACUUUGGUACGCACACUAUAGCCGGUGAGAGUUUUGAGCUCUUGGACGGCGCAUUCGGUUUCGCUGUGACGCCUAGACAAUUGGGUGUACGUCGCAUGUUAUACUUUCAUGCGCUCUCCAAUGAUGCACAAAUUGCGAUUCCAUUGGAUAUAGUCAAUGAUCCAACCUAUUGGAAUAAUGGCAUUAAUUCUGGUUUGGAACACUUUGUGCUCUUGGGUAAACGUGGUGUACAGUGUGCUACGCCGGCUAUGACAUCGAAUGGUGUAUUGCUUUGUGGACAUCUUGAACCGAUUGGUAUUUUCGGUUGGAACAUACUAACACCGUAUACAUUUGCAAAUCGCAAGUUGCUAGCUGAAAAUCCAAAAACGCUGCAAUUUAUCAGUGGCUUGAAGGUGAUAAAGAAUUUAAAGGGCAAAGAGGAAGUGUGGAUGGUAACAAAUCGAUUACAAAAGUCAUUCACGGGUACCACGAAUUUUGAUGAGACCAAUUAUCGUAUUCUCAAAUGUGGUGUUGAGGAGUUGCUAAACGGAAGAUCUUGCUAGACAACGGAAUAUCAGUAAAUUCAUAAUAUUUUGAAUAGUUUUUACACAUCCGCUUACAAUUGUGUAAGUAUGUUUAUAGAACUAAGAGCUCUCGAGAAACAUACACAA